CUGUAUACGGAAAUUAAAUCAGCGUUAAUAGCGUGAAAGUUCCAGAAAGUGACUCACUUUUCAGACACCAAACAUGCCCUCAUACCUGCUUGCGACUAAUUUGGCUUCUACUUAAAUUCUUAUAAAUUGGUUUUAGCUAAUUGUUUCAUUCUUUAGCUUGAAAUAUUUUUUUAAAGUCUCCUACAUACAUCACCUAAGACAGGAGGAGGGCGGGAGGUGGAGAGAGCGGUGUACUUUCACUUCGCGCAAACUUUUGGCGGACGGUCCCUUGGCCCGCGCGCAGAGAGAGAGAGAGAGCGAGAGAGCUGGUGAGGCAGCGCGCAGCCGCUCAUCCGUCAGGGUCAGCGCAACAUCAGCGCCCCACUGAUUGACAGCGCACAGCACCGAGGCAGGGAGGCACUCCGCUGCUUCACAGGAGCCGUACGAGCGCUCGGAUUUACAGCACCUCACCCUGCUCAUCUCCUCCUUACGGAUAGAUCCUGCAGCCGCCGGAUCUGAGCGACCCACGUCUCCGUGAUGUUCCGUCUUCCAUCUUCACUGCGAUAAAAAACAACAAAAAGAAGAAGACGGGGGGAAAAGAGGGAAAAGCCAUGAAGAGAUGACCGGGUUCUAGAGCUGACAGCCGGCUCGUGUUCUGGUGAGCAGCAGAGGAGCUGGCAGUAAAUGAGAGGCCGUCACCAUGCCCCCAGGGAAGUAUGGGAUGCAGGAGGAGUGGGAGAAGGAGGGGGACCAGGCGAUCAACAUGGACUUCCUGCUGCCUACUGGGAUCUUCCUCAAAUUCCCCGUGUCUCGAAACGACACCAUCAAAAGCAUCAAAAAGAUGGUUUGGAAAAAUGCGAGAAGUGAGGCCCUGUUCUGUGGACUCGGCGAUCCUGAUGGAUACGUCUUCACCUGCAUCAACGAGACGGCGGAAAGGGAAGAGCUGGAGGAAGAAUCGAGGCGCAUAAGUGAUGUGCGGCCCUUCAUGUGUGUUCUGAGGCUGGUGGCGAGGGAGGGCGACCGGGUGGAGAAACUCACCAAUGCCCAAAUCAGCCUGUUAAUUGGCAAAGGUCUGCAUGAGUUUGAAGCUCAGAAGAAUGACGAGGUAAAUGAGUUUCGGACCAAGAUGAGGGCGUUUUGCGAAGAAAAGGCUCAAGAUCGACAGAGUCUGCCCUGGCAGAAGUGGAUGGAGUACAGCUUCCCAUGUGAACUGGAGCCAUGCUGCUCCCUGCCGCAGAGCCUCAAGACAAAAAACAGCAAGAAGAUCUUCAUUAAUGUCAAGUUUGAGGCUUCUGACGAAAGCUUCAUGCUACAGCAGGACCCUCAUGACCUCCCCUUGGUUCUGAUGAAGAGCGCUCUGAAGAAGAAGGCUACCGUUUUCCGCUUAAUGCGACAGGAACCUGAAGACUACACCUUACAGGUCAACGGGAGAUGGGAUUUCAUCUAUGGGAAACACCCACUGUGUCAGUUCAAAUACAUCUUCUCGUGCUUGAGAAAUAGCCAGAACCCCCACCUCACCAUGGUGCACUACUCCACCGUCACCAAAUGUCAGGAGGAGCAGGGCAGAAUGUGCAACCAGGUGUACAAGAGUCGCUCCUUAUCCAGACCUCCUCCUCUGCCACUGAAGAAGCAAAACACCUCCUCUCUGUGGUCCAUCAAUGAGCCUUUCCACAUUCACCUGGUGCAAGGCAAACGAGUCAAUGCAGACGAGGGAAUGAAGCUUGUAGUGCAGGCUGGUCUGUUCCAUGGCAGCGAGCUGCUCUGUAAGGUGGUGACGAGCUCGGAGGUGACAGUGAGCUCCGAGCCGCUGUGGAAUCAGAAGCUGGAGUUUGACAUAAACGUGGCCGACCUGCCCCGCAUGAGCCGCCUGUGUUUCGCGCUCUACGGCGUCAUUGAAAAGACCAAGAAGCCCCGCGGCACCAAAAAGAAGAACAAGAAAGCGGAUUGUCCAAUAGCCUGGGUGAACACCAUGGUGUUUGACUACAAGGACCAGCUGAAGACUGGGGAGUUCCACUUAUCCACAUGGCCGUGUGUUCCUGAUGAGAAAAGUGACCUGCUGAACCCGAUGGGAACUGUUGAGAAGAACCCUAACGUGGACAGCGCCGCUGAACUUCUCAUUCAUUUUCCCAACAUCCGGCCACACCCCCUCUACUACCCUCCACUUGAAAAGAUAUGUGACAUGGAGAGGAACGGUGAUCUAAGUUUAGCCACUAAAGACGAGUACUUUAAGCUCAAAGAAUUCAUGGACAACAAAAACUACACCGAGUUUUUCGAGGACGAGAAAGAGCUCCUGUGGAAGCUCCGCACCGAAGUCCGCGAUCAUUAUCCUGAAAGUCUGUCCAAGCUCCUCCUCAUCACCAAGUGGAAUAAGCGUGAGGAUGUAGUUCAGAUGGUGAAUUUACUGAGGAACUGGCCAGACCUCCCUGCCAUCCACGCCUUGGAGCUCUUAGACUACAGUUUUCCCGACCCAGCGGUUCGUUCUUUCACUAUCAGAUGCCUCAGAAAGCUCAGUGAUGAUGAGCUGCUUCAUUAUCUAAUCCAGCUGGUCCAGGUCCUGAAGUACGAGUCCUACCUGGACUGUGACCUUACCACUUUCUUGUUGGAACGGGCACUGUCCAACAGGAGGAUCGGACAUUUUCUGUUUUGGCAUCUCAGGUCAGAGACUCAUGUGGCAUCUGUGGGUUUGCGCUUUGGCCUGAUUCUCGAGGCCUACUGCAGGGGAAAUAUCCAUCACAUCAAGCUCUUAACCAAACAGAAUGAGGCUCUGGGCAAAAUGAAGGCCCUGAGUGACUUUGUCAAGUUGGGCUCCCAGAAGGUGACGGCAGAGGACCUGAAGCAGUGUAUCAGACAAGAGUCCUACCUGGAGGCCCUGUCAGACCUUCUGUCACCACUCAACCCGAGCAUCAUCCUCUCUGAGAUCUGUACUGAUAGAUGCAGAUUUAUGGACUCCAAGAUGAAGCCACUCUGGCUGAUGUUCAAGAAUCCCGCAGUUGAAGGAGACAUGGUGGGCAUUAUCUUCAAAAAUGGAGAUGACCUUCGACAAGACAUGCUGACCCUGCAGAUGAUCCAGCUCAUGGAGAAUCUGUGGAAGAAAGAAGGUCUGGAUCUCAGGAUGAUCCCGUACGGCUGCCUGUCGACCGGGAACAAAAUGGGGCUCAUCGAGGUUGUGAAGAACUCUGACACAAUUGCCAACAUCCAGCGUAACAGCAGCAACAGCGCCGCUACCGCUGCCUUCAACAAGGACGCCUUGCUUAACUGGCUCAAAUCGAAGAAUCCCGAGGACAAACUUGAUCAAGCGAUAGAGGAGUUCACACUGUCCUGCGCUGGCUACUGUGUAGCUACUUACGUCUUGGGCAUUGGAGAUCGUCACAAUGACAACAUCAUGAUCAGGGAAACUGGACAGCUGUUCCACAUUGAUUUCGGGCACUUCCUGGGCAACUUCAAGCGGAAACUCGGGAUCAACAGGGAGCGCGUGCCUUUUAUCCUGACGUAUGACUUUGUCCACGUGAUCCAGCAAGGACGAACAAACAACAGUGAGAAAUUUGAGAGGUUCAGGGAGUACUGUGAGCGGGCCUAUAAGAUCCUGUGUCGGAACGGGACGCUGUUUGUCAACCUCUUCGCCAUGAUGAAGGCAGCGGGGCUACCUGAACUCACGUCCUUCAAAGACAUACAGUAUCUAAAGGACUCUUUAGCGCUGGGCAAAACAGAGGACGAGGCGCUGAAGAACUUCAAAGUAAAGUUCAACGAAGCCUUGCGGGAAAGCUGGAAGACCAAGGUCAACUGGAUGAUGCACUCACUGGCCAAAGAUAAUAGACCAUGAAGAACACUGAACCAAUGAAACAUGAGGCCCAGCCAAAUACAUGGAUUUUUAACUUAUACACAUAAACACAGUCUAAUAUUUUACUUGACAGAAGGAAUUCAAAGACUCUGAAAAGCUCUUUAGCAAACGUUUACAUCUCAGUGGCCUGUAUGUGGUAAAUAACAACUAAGCAGAGGCAUCCAAAGAUAAUGAGAUAAUCCUGGAGCAUCACUUCCACACACACAAGUAUUUUCACAGUGAAGAAAAUCCAUCGCACUCAUCCUCCUCCCAUAUAUCAGUGGAAUGUCUUUGCCACGAGGAGCAUUUCAACCCAGAGAAUAAACCUGUUUUUGAUUUGCUGAAAUUGCUACUUGAAAACCACCUGCUCAUGCAAAGUGUCAUGAAUCACCGAAACAGAAAGUUCAUCUCAUCGACUGCAUUACUCAACAGGGAGCAAGCUGCAAACGAACUUUAUGAUGACUUGAGGCUCUGUUCGGCAGGGAACAGCAGUUUCACCUCAAGACUUUCGUACGGUUUACAACCCACGAUAGCUGUUAUGAGGUUAUUUCCUCUCAUUUCAACUGUAUCUUUGCAAAACGUGUCUUUUUAAAAAAUAUAUAUAUUGUCAUUAUUGUAUUUUUAUUUAACUGUGGUAACUACUUAAUGAGUGCUGAUGUACUUGUUAGGUCGCAAAGAAUAUUUCAAAAAGAGGUGAUGCUUUUUGUCGUUCUAACAUUGUUGUCUAAUGUUGCCUUGAAGAAGAAUAUGUGCCAAUACACAUGAAGCAUUUUAUAGUAUAGUCUAAGAAAAUGUAGGACUUUUAUUUUGAAAACAUGCCUGUGUACCAGGCUGUGUGUACCUAUAGCUAAAGGUACCCUGAUACUACUCUUAUUUUAAGAAAUACACUUACUUGCCUUUUAGCUUAAGUGAGAUUUAAGUAUACUAGGUUUAUCCUAUCCAUUUUAGGGUACUAGGGAAGGUGGAGCUUAUAUUAUGUGGUAUUGAGAAAGGGGCGGGGUAAUGUCCCUCCUCGCAUCCAUGGACAUCUAUGGACAAUUUUGGAUGAUUGGUUAAUCAAACAAGCAUAUCUUUGGACCGCGGGAGGAAAAACCUCACAGGGAUACGCACAGGAGACCAUGCCAACUCCACCACAGCCCCCACUGCAGACCAGCCUUAUUUCUUUGAGGUGACAGUGCUCACCACUGCAGCACUGCGCACAGUCCAUGUUAAUUGGUGAUCUUUAAAAGUGACUGUUUCCUUUAGAAAGACUAGCUGCUUUGCUUUAACUAUGCUAAGCUAAGCAGACUGUCUGCUGACUCCAGCGUCAUAUUUAAAAGACACCAUGAAAGUGUAAUCAGUUUUAUUUUAGAUUUUGAAGUUACAAUUCUAUUUUAUUUUUCUAUUCCCUUUUUCUGGAGAAAAAUACAAUUUUUUUUUAUGCGCAAGGCAAAGAUCUCAUAUAUGUUUGGUGAAAAUAACAGAAAAAAAAAAGCUUCAGCAGGUCCCAGAAUAAGACAAUCCGUAGACUCAUGUAAGCCAUAGACUUGUGGAUGUUUUUCUCAAAAUGCAGUAUUGAUGUCAUGCCUUCUUUGAAAGUGUAAACCUGGACUAGGUCUAUGAUCUUAGAAAGAGCAGUACGCAUCUGUGAGUGUGUGUGUGUGUGUGUGUCUGUGUGUGUUCUCUAAUAUUUAAAUAUGCACUUAAACUGUGAUCUCCAUUGCAUUUUUUUAAUGGGUGUACAAGGUGCCAUGAGGGCGAUUUCAUGCUUGCAGUGUCAAGCACAACCACACUUUGACAUAUCUGAUGCUGUAAAAUAUGGCGUUUAUUUAAAGUGAGCUCGUAUGCUGUGUCAUUUCAUUUUGUGGUGCAUUUGCAUUACUCUACAUGCUGUAUGUCAUUCCGUAAGUCGUGCAGGGUCCACUUGAAUGAAAGAAAAUAAUGUGCUAUUUAUAGCCUCUUUUAUUUUUGCAAAACGGUUUAAAAGGUCUCUACUUUUUGUACAAGUCUCUGUACAGUUAGAGCAAGUGUAGGUGUAGAUUACACAGCAUGAGGAUUUAAGGUACCUUAAACUACUGAGCGAUUCACUGUGGAACAGACCUAAAAUACAGCUCGCCAGUGUCCUUCAAUGUGGGCUCCACUAAGCACUGCAUGUUUAAGUCAGGAAAAACGAAUUAAUGGGCUACUCUUUGUUGUGUGUGUGUUUUUUUUAUUUUGCAAAUUGUAAAGUAUAUUGCUGAAUCAGUUUCAGGCUCUGCCCUGAUUGACAUGCGUGCAGCUAAAAAUUAUGAGAUGCAGUAUAGACUUUUCUCUGCAUCCUGUUUUUACUUGUGCUUCAGAUGUUAUGAGGAGGUAAACAUGAUGUCAGUAAACAGAGUGUAAAGGGAGAACUUUCUAGAAUCCAAGCCAUUUGUUAGCUGAAUGUUACGCUCGUUUUUGCAACUUCAAAUAGGCAGAUUGAUUGGAAAAAGGCCAAAUCCACCAAAGUCACCCCCAUGUUCCAUUUCUCCCUAAAUAUUCAUCAGCAUUUCAAGUCUGAGGGACUUGCUUAUCUCCAACUAUUCUUUAGGUCAUAUCAGUCUGGUGUGCAACACCACUACAAACAUAAAUUACUAGUUUCAGUACCUCCUUAUACACAGUAGCCCCCUUGUUUAUUAGAAACAUUCGCAGUUUAGCUUCCAUAUUUGAGGAAGUGGCAAUAAAGUGAUUUGUGAUAAUGUACAGUGGUUUUUGCAGAUGUGAUAAAGUCCAACAAAUGUGUCCGCAUCUGUUUAUUGUUUUGGUAUAGAUGUUGGUCACAGAUAUUGCAGUCUGGCCUGAUUAUCUGUAUUAAGUAUGAGUAUGCUGUGGAAGCUAUGUAAAACCAUGACUGCUUUUUUGUGUUUUUCUCUCUUACUUGAUCAUAUUUCAUCGAAAUAUUUAAGAGUGGUAAAGCAGUAUCAACUUUUCUAUUCAAUUGGCUAAUAAGUUUCUUGCAGGAAUGUCUUUUUGAAAAGUAAGAAUCUGAAUUGUUGGUUGUUUUUUUGUUUUUUUUUUCAACAAAAAAAUUUGAAAAUUAUAUUUUUCAUUGGACAUCAAUUAAAAGUGCUGCAAAACUAACUGAGUGGUUCUUUGCAAAAUGAUUUUGUGAGCUUUCUCUUAAAUCAGGAGUUGUCACAUUCAGUUUUGCUUAUAGGGCAUAUAUGGCCGAAUUUCACCGCAACAGAAGUAAAAACCUUUGCAUGUAAUGAACAAUCCAGACACAAAACAGGUGAUGAACAGCCUGAGGUAUCUUAUUGAAAAACUACUACACACGGAAGUGGCUCAGAGAUGUGCGACGGUGAGGCUCAUUUAAAAACAUAUUACAACAUAAUCCCU